GAUUCUGUUCUUGUUUUGGCAGUUUGUUUCGAUAUUAACGGUCUGUCAGUCCCUCUAAGAAGGCGUUUUAUAUUGGUUGUCCAACACAAAUCUGCGAUGGUAUUGACUAAGCAGUGAGUCUGUGUAUGGGCUUAUUCAGGGAUAAGCUUAGUUUCACGAUGGCAGAUGGAGGUAGUGAUGAUGAUGUCAUUCACCUGGCAAGCUUCAACGUCCACCGCAGCCAAGGCUCUCGUUCCCGUAAGAGGGAGCUCAUCACCAUCUCCGAUGACUCCGACGAGGAGCCUGUGACUCUGAUACCUGGCAGCCCUGUCUUAGUCCCAGAUGACGACGACAUCAGCAUAUUGGAGCCACUGACUCCUGCGCGCCGCCAUGUGAUUCGCCCCGCGGCAAAGUGGAGCGGGCCCUCGCACAACCCCGUUCAAGCUGUAGGUCACAGUAGCACAUCUUCGGGGGGUCCCACGGGGGACCCUGGUUCAACCCCCCCUACCUCCAGAGAUGCCCAGCCCCCUGCAGUAAGGCCAGCCGUAGGGUCACAGACUCCGGUGCAGUCAAGCUCCUCUGGACACAAACAGCAGCAACCCGGCUCUCUAUCGCACAUCCUCUCUCAGCCAAAACACAACACAAACUCUCAGCAGCCGGCCGGUACGUCAGCGCACACGAAAGUGGAACUCCAUGCCGUUCCUAUCCAAACCCCAUCUACCUCUGCAGAUGCCAACACAGCCAGAGAACCUGUACCUGCACUUGGUCCGCCGGGCGGCUCCUUGCAGCUCGCGGCGGCCGAGCCCCAGCCGAGUAUCUUGAAAAAUGCCACACACUUUUCUUCUGCGAUCGCGUCAAGUUCCUCCUCCCAGACUGAAGAAAAGGCGAGUACCAGCACUCAGUCACACAACGAUCCUCAGGCAGGCGCCUCGGCUGCACAGUCUCACGCACGAACAGCGCCUCAGCCCAGUACUUCUGCACCCCUCCAGUCCAGUGGGCCCAGCGCCCCGCAGCCCCGCCUUGCCCAGGCCAACGAGGUGAAACUGGCCAUUCUUCCCCAGCAGCUGAGCAUGCAAGCCUCGGCCCUCGCCACCCAACCACAGCUGCGGCUCAGGUCGCACAACGUGCUGCGGCCCGUGUCGCUCAAUCUGAUGCAGGGCAAUCUCAUUCAGAUUCAUCCCCAGCUCCUGGCCCAGGCCCCCGCCCAGCCUGCUGCCCAGCCCCUUCAACAUCCACAGGUGAUUCAGGUGGUCCCGCCGGCGGUGCUAAUAGCCGCGGCCCCGGAGAGACUUGGACCGUUGGAGGUAGGCCACCGGAUCAUCCUGGGGAGUCAGGCGACCGGGGGAGCCGUUCCUAAUCCGCUGCCUCAGGCCGGUGGCUCUGGCGCGCUCCCGACGGCCCGCGCCCUCCACAUCAGGGGGCCCAACGUGAACUCUAACCUUCCCGUCCCUCCGCCUCCCGCGGCCGCAGUCCCCCACGACGGCAGAGAGGCCCGUCAGAUUCCAAACCCAGACGGAGUUCAUCCCGCCCCCGGUCUGGUCGCGGCACCUUCCGCCCCGGAGGAAGUUCCCCGAAUUGAAGAUGCGAGGCCCGGUCCCUCCGCGCCGCAGAGGAGGGCGGAGCAGCCCCCCCACGUUAGAGCCCUCAUCGUUGGUGUUUUGGAUCUAUUCCCAGAUGUCCACGAAGACUAUGUAGCAGAACUGAUCAAAAAGAAUAAUGUGGAAGACUUGAAUGUUAUCUGUAACCUGCUGCUGGAGAACCCGGAGUAUCCGAGGGAAGGUACUGCAGCAGCCACAGCAGCUCCCACCAGCAUCCUGCUGGAAUGUGGGGACACGGAGACAGAGGUGACCGAGGACCUUUUCGACUAUCCCAAGCUGGCCACGGUGGGACCCGAGGCCAUCAUGCAGGCCGCCGACUUGCUCAUGGCAGAUUUCCGGAUGCUCAGCUGUCAGGACAUCAAAUGGGCCCUCAACGCCCUGAAGGGACACUAUGCAAUCACACGCAAGGCCUUAUGUGAAGCUCUGAAGAAGUGGCAGGAGUCGGGCGACCCCUCAGGAAAGCGUCGGCGGAGCAGGACCUCCUCGGAGCGCUGCUACGUGGAUUUCCAUUUCGAGCAUGGUUCCGUGAAGUUUGAGAAGAGGAUGUAUUUCUUGGAGAACGACCGGCGCUACUGCAGAACGUACAGCAGCAUGGAAGCGUCUGUGCAGAACGAGCUUUCAUUCUAUCAGCAGAAGGCCAAGGAAUGGGCAGAGCACGAGGACUUCCUCCUGGCUCUGCAGGUCAAUGAGGAUGAAUACAAGAAGGACGGCCAGCUGAUCGAGUGUGGCUGCUGCUUCGGGGAGUUUGCGUUCGAGAAGAUGACGCAGUGUUCAGAUGGUCACCUGUUCUGUAAAGAAUGCCUCGUCAAAUACGCUCAGGAGGCAGUAUUUGGCUCCGGAAACUCGGAGCUGAGCUGCAUGGAGGGCGGCUGCCCGUGCUCCUACCCAGUGUGUGAGCUGGAGAAGGUCCUCCCCGAGAACAUACUGUGUAAAUACUAUGAGAGGCAGGCGGAGGAGGCUGUCGCCGCCACCUGUGCUGAUGAACUUGUGCGGUGCCCGUUUUGCAACUUCCCAGCCUUGUUGGACAAAGACAGGUCUCUCUUUAGCUGUCCCAAUCCUCGGUGCCGCAAGGAGAGUUGUAGAAAAUGCCACGUCCAGUGGAAGCUGCACGUGGGCAAGACGUGUGAGCAGGUCCUGGAGAGGGACGAGAUCCGCAUGAGGGUGCUCUUUGAGGAGCGCAUGACGGCAGCUCGGGUGAGGAAGUGCGUGAAGUGCGGGACGGGCCUGGUCAAGUCGGAGGGCUGCAACCGGAUGUCGUGCCGCUGCGGCAGCUUCAUGUGCUACCUCUGCAGAGAGCCAAUCACGGGCUACAACCACUUCUGCCAGCACGCUCGCUCGCCCGGCGCUCCCUGCAGACACUGCCGCAAGUGCUCCCUCUGGACGGACCCCACGCAAGACGACGAGCGAAUCAUUCAGGACAUCCAGAAGGAAGGAGAGGCAGAGCUGAAUAAGAAGACUGCAGAUAAUUCAGGGAAGCGAGUCGGCCCUCCUCCAGAGCCCAUCACCGAGGUCAAACGACCACGGGUCGGCCCUCCGCACGAAAACCCCCCGAUCCCCAACCCCGCGCCCCCCCCUCAUCCGCAGGCGGUGCAAGCUCCACUCUUCGUGCCUCCACGCGGGCGCUACCCACCGGCUGCGCCCCAGGGCGGGAUGUACCACCAGGUGAUGAUCCCACGGCUGGCACCAGCCCCCUACGUGCCCCCCUUACAACACCUGCCCCCCCUGAACAAUAACAACAACAACCACCAUCACAUCCACAACCCUCCCGUCAACCCUCAUCACCACAACAUCGACAUGAUGGACCUGCCCAUGCACUAUGGACCGCAUCGUUACUACAGACGCUUCUAACACGUCGGCCUGUCCCCCCGAAUCACAUGUUCGCUCUCUGCAGUUACACUUCUCAUUUCAGUGCUGGUUUAUUUGAUACCUGACGUUAUUUUGUAUCUUUUUAGUGUGCAGCGUCGUUUUUUCUACCGCACUCCUCAUAGCUCGCGUGUGCUCAUGCAAAUGCUUUCAGAGCUGCCGCUCGACGCAUUCCUCUGUGUCGGGCUGAUAAAACACUCUGAAAUGAUAAGUGCAUCUGUGGAACGACACACACGUUAAGACACUUUGCCUUCUCUCGCUGAGCUUCAAUAAUGAAGAUCCCCUUGUUACAUGUUCCUUCUUUCAUCUUUUGUUUAUUCAUCAGGGUUUGAACUGAUGAAAGGUCUACAAUCUUAAAACAAUUUAUUUCCCGUUUAUUACUGAUAUUUUUGAUUAUGUGAUUACAAAGAUAAUAACCAUUAGCAUUCCCUUCUGUAUUUUUUUUGUGUAACAAGUGUGAGACCACACGAUUUUGUAAUAAAGUUUUAUGUUCACAUUG